GCGUCGAAACAUGUUGUCGCGAUAUUUCCGCCUGGAAAGGGCGGUACUGUUAUGAUUGUCCUCUUGAAGCGCGACGUCCCGAAGAAAGACCAAAUUAGCUCGUAUUGUGCUGAAACGAAGGUGUGGGAGACCGCCGUUAACGUCCACUGGGAUUCCCAUCCAACGUACGCUGUUCUCAUUACUGCCAGUGCUGAAAAUUACACGGAAAAAUCAGUUUGUUGCCAAGGCCCCACACGCCCCCUUCACUUAGCAUAGGUAGCUAACACUAAUUACCAACUUUAAUCACGUAGUAACGUCGUUGGCUAGUUGAGUUGUAAGGGUUUUAAAAGCCGAGUGGCCAAGAUGCAAGAGGAUUAUUUGUAAGGAGCGAUCCCCAUCCACGCUGGAUGACUCGUCUUUCAACUUGGGACCUUCUUACAUGUAAUAAGAAGAAUUACCUGGGUUUUGAAGAGUUGAAUAAGUGCCAUGUCUCUGGUGUUCCCACGAUCUAACACCAACACAGUCCACGGCAAGAAGGAUAAGAGACUGAUGGCGGAAGUGAAUGCAUCACCCCUCAAGCAUUUUGUGACAGCAAAGAAGAAAAUUAAUGGGAUCUUUGAGCAGUUGGGGGCUUACAUCAAGGAGAGCGCUUCGUUUCUGGAAGAUACUUACAAAAAUGAUGAUCUGGACCCAGUCACCACGGAGGAGCAGGUCCAGGAUGUUCGGGGUUACCUGGUCAAGGUGGCGGGGAUUGGAGAAGUGCUAGCCCGCAGGCAUAUGAAGGUGGUCUUCUUUGGCAGGACCAGUAAUGGUAAGAGUUCAGUGAUCAAUGCCAUGCUGUGUGACAAGGUGCUGCCGUCUGGAAUAGGACACACCACCAACUGCUUCCUGAGGGUGGAAGGCACUGAUGGCAACGAGGCCUUCCUCCUCACUGAAGGCUCUGAGGAGAGGAAGAGCAUAAAGACGGUGAACCAGCUGGCCCAUGCGCUGCACCAGGAUGAGGACUUGGAUGCUGGCAGUUUGGUCUGUGUCAUGUGGCCUAAAGCCAAGUGUGCUCUGCUCAGGGACGAUCUAGUGUUGGUUGACAGCCCAGGGAUCGAUGUUACUACAGAACUGGACAGCUGGAUCGACAAGUUCUGCCUGGAUGCUGAUGUGUUUGUUCUGGUGGCUAAUUCUGAGUCCACACUAAUGCAGACGGAAAAGUCCUUCUUUCACAAGGUCAAUGAGCGGCUCUCUAGUCCCAACAUUUUCAUCCUCAACAACCGCUGGGAUGCUUCAGCCUCAGAACCUGAAUACAUGGAGGAGGUCCGCAGGCAGCAUAUGGACCGAUGCACCAACUUCCUGGUGGACGAGCUCGGUGUGGUGGACCGGGCCCAAGCCAGUGACCGCAUCUUUUUUGUCUCUGCCAAGGAAGUACUCCAGGCUCGUGUACAGAAGGCUCAAGGAAUGCCCGAAGCAGGUGGAGCUCUUGCAGAGGGUUUUCAAGCCAGAAUGUUUGAGUUCCAGAACUUUGAGAGGCGAUUCGAGGAGUGUAUCUCCCAAUCAGCUGUGAAGACCAAGUUUGAGCAGCACACAGUGAGGGCUAAACAGAUCUCUGAAGCCCUGCGGCGCAUUAUGGAUUCUGUCCACAUCGCGGCACAAGAGCAGAGGGUCUACUGCCUUGAGACCAAAGAGGACCGUCAGGACAGAUUGGAGUUCAUAGACAAGCAGCUCGACCUUUUGACCAUGGACUGUAAGGUCAAGAUCAAGAAGAUUACUGAGGAGGUGGAGAGACAGGUGUCUAAUGCCAUGGCAGAGGAAAUUAGGAAACUCCAUGUGCUGGUGGAUGACUUCCACAUGGACUUUCACCCAUCACCGGUGGUGCUCAAGGUCUACAAGAAUGAGCUCCACCGGCACAUAGAGGAAGGUCUGGGGAAGAACAUGUCAGAGAGGUGCUCCACGUCCAUCACCAGCUCCCUGCAGGCCACGCAGACUGAUAUGAUCGAGGGUCUGAAGCCUCUGCUGCCAAACCCGGUAAGAGAGCAGGUGGACAAGCUGGUUCCUCGUCAGUGCUUCAGCCUCAGCUAUGACCUGGCCUGCGACAAGCUUUGCAGUGAUUUUCAGGAGGACAUCAGCUUCCACUUCUCUCUGGGCUGGACCAUGCUGGUAAACCGCUUCCUGGGGCCCAAGAACACCCGGCGAGCUCUCAUGGGCUACAAUGACCAGGUCCCUCGGCCCAUGGCCCUGACUCCAGUCAGCACCAGCAUGCCUCCGUUCCCCCAGACCCCCAUGACCCAGGAAGAGCUAAUGGUCUCCAUGGUCACCGGUCUCGCUUCCCUUACAUCGCGUACUUCCAUGGGGGUCCUUGUAGUUGGUGGUGUGAUCUGGAAGGCAGUGGGCUGGCGUCUGAUCGCCCUGUCAGUGGGUCUCUACGGGCUCCUGUACAUCUACGAGCGGCUCACCUGGACCACCAAGGCCAAGGAGAGAGCCUUCAAGAGACAGUUUGUGGACUACGCCAGCGAGAAGCUGCAGCUCAUUGUCAGCUACACUGGAUCCAACUGCAGCCACCAAGUCCAGCAGGAGCUGGCAGGUGUGUUUGCUCAGCUCUGCCAACAGGUAGAUGUCACCCGUCAGAACCUUGAGGAUGAGAUCACAGACAUGAACAGCAAGAUUGAGCUGCUGGACAGCCUGCAGAGCAAAGCUAAGCUGCUGCGGAACAAGGCGGGGUGGCUGGACAGCGAGCUCAACAUGUUCACCCAGCAGUACCUUCACCACAGCAAGUAAACCUGACAGCACCCACCUAAGAGGCAAAACAACACCAGGAGGACAUGUGGUGCAACAGAGCCAUCAGCAGAAGAGGACGGAGAGGAGGAUGAGUGGGAAGACUUCCUGUGUGCUUGUGAUCUGAAGUCCUGUGGUCAGCUGGUGACACAAAGUUAAACCACACACUACAGGAUAGCUGUUAAAUAGAAGCCAUGUCCCCUCAAUGGUGUUCAUUCCUAUCUGUUGGCCCCUUUGGUCCUCAGUUGUGGUGAUAUGCAAAUGAGCAUGAACCUUAGUUCUCAAUGUGGCGUGGAUGACGCUGUUGAGUGAACUGUACCAGUUCCUGUCAUACUGGCCUUUAAAUCAGAUUCCAGUUCACUCUGCCAUUUUGAAUUUGUGUGCGUUUGAUUUUGUGUACACAUUUUGACCACUGGACCGUGUAGUACCGUGCUGAAGUGCAAGGCAGUCCAUACAAGGGAACGGUAGGAAAAGUGUCUUAUGUUAGUAGGAUAAUGCAAUGAACUGAAGUCAUGCAAAAUAAUUUAUUCAUCCAGUUGUUGUUGGAUAUUUGGGAAUUAAACCUUUUUUUUCUCUCUCAGUUAAACAGUGAAGCAGAAAAUCGAAAACUGCAGUUUUGUGUGUAUUAUUCCAUUUUGUGUACAGAGCCAAACUGACAAUGGCAAUGACAGAGCUUCUCUCCAUCUGACUAUCCAAAUGUGUUUUUAAAGUAAAUCUUUAAAAACACCUCACAGAUGGAUAGUUUCUUUUGGAAAUAGGGCUCAGUAGUUUCUUAACAACUCCUCCCUGUAGCUUUUAACAAACAAAUGAAAUGCUGCAUUUGUUGGAGACUGCUUUGAGCUGUGACAAUGGGGCUUUGUGGUACAGAGGAGUCACCCCUGCAUCAGGCCUGAUGUAUCAAGCUUUGGUACAUACACACAAAACACUCAACAGGUACAUUCAGUGUUGCUUUGGCUCUGCAUGUGAAAUUUAUUGACAAGAAGCCAAAUAUCAUCAGACUGAUUCUUUAGCUGGAGUCCUGUUCUAAAUGAUUUUAUUCAGUAGCGAGGUUCAGAUAAGAGUUGACUUAAAUGUCAGAUUUUAACUUAAAUUACGCUCAAAAUGUUUUUUGUGGGAUACCAACUUUAAAAGUGGCCUCCAAAUUUUGUUGUAGUGCUUGUAAGAGUCCAGAAAUGCCAAAGAUGGUCUGUUUGAGGUCAUUUGGAAACAGUGUCUCGAUUUCAGAGUGUGUCCAGCAGAGGGCGCUGGUGUUGUGUUUAUAAUCAGCACACCACUGCUCUGUAAUACCAGUAACCAUAUUGAAGGGAUUUUUUUUAAAUCAGAAGUGUUGAUGUUCUGUGUUUAUAUAAAACAUGAACUUACUGAUGUAUCUUGAUCAGAUUUUUGAAACUGUCACUUGUGUGUCAUAAAAUCCACCGUUGGCUCUGCUUUGGCACUUUAUAUUUCAUGAGUGGAGUUUGGAGGGACUUUGGUCAAACAAAAUUGGAGUGUGCAACUUUAUUUUCAGAUUUCUUUAAUAAAACCCAGUAUCCAGAUUUUUCACUCUCUUCAUAAGUUGUCUCAGACUUCAGAGCUUCUUCCAUGUUGUCUUCCAUACAUCAGUAAUGAAUCCUCCUUCUUGAAACCAGAUAUUUUGAAAAAGAAAAAAAAAAAAAUGUUAUUAAUGUGACACGUUGGCACUGUUGAUGGCUGCCUCACUGUUUUUGUGGAUCUUUGUGUGUUUAACAUUUUUGUCUUGCACUGAAUGCAUAUAGUGACCAGCCUCUGUAGCUGCAGAGCUGUCCUCUCUCUCUCUGCCUUUGUCCACAUCACAUAUGGUUUGAAUCAAGGCUGCUUAUAAUGGGGUACGAACACUUGGCCAAAUCCAGGAACAGCUGUACUUCUGGUUUCUAAAAUGUCUAUGUAAUGUGAUUUAAUAGUUUGCCUUUGGAUUGGAAACACUGGAAAAAGCUGAAGGAGAGGAAACCACAGCAGAGUGGAUGAGCCUGUAUGUUAAAAAGUCUUGGCUGAUGGGCCCAGUUCUAAUGUAAAGCCAUGCACUGUGUGUUGCCAAGUGAGUAGGAGGGCUGCUGUGUGCCCCUUCCUUCAGAGUGAAAACUUGCACUUUAUUAAUUUGCUGCUUUUUUCUUUGUCCGAGAUAAAGGGGUGUUUUUCCCAUAAAUGUAAACCGCAAAGUAGUUGUGUUUGGCUUCAGGAAAAUCAAAGUAGUUGCAUGCAGAGGCUGUUAUACUUUCUUGUUCUGUUAAAAUCGUCAAACAUAUGUAUAUAUGUUAAAAUAUAUAUAUAUAUAUAUAAAAAAUAAAGACACAAUGCAAAAAAAAAAAAA